AUGGAGUACACUACGCGAAGGAUCGCCAAAACCAAGAAAAUACAAAUAAAGAUCAUCGCGACGUCUAAUCCUCGAAGUCCCGCUAUUUCUAUGUUACGGGCACGCCGCCUGGCACAGGCCAGGGCUGAACUCACCGCACUGAAAAUAGAGCUAGCGGCCGCCAAGCUAGCUGAAAUCGAGGCGGAGGAUAGCGAGGACGACCUCGAAUCCGUCAUAACGGAGGCCGGACAAGAUUGCCGAGUACAUAGCUGGGUUCAAACUAGCCAAUUACUCGCGAUCGAGAGCCGACCGACCGAUGUUGCGACGGGAAAGCAAGCCCCUAUACAGUCAUCGGACCCAGUGAUCGCUGCCGUAUCAUGGGACAACCCGGCGACUGUACCGGCGGGAGCCAGUGCCGUGCACCCGCCGACGCAUCCCGUCACAACGCCCGAAACAAAUAAUCCGUCCGUUUUUAUGCCAUUUUCAGUGAACCCGACUGCGCAGCCUGAAGUGCCAACGAUUGAAGCCGCAUCGUGGCAACGAACUCAACAAGCUACGCAGCCGUUGCCUGUAAUCGCCGCACGGAGCGACGAACACCGCGCUACGAAGCAACCGCCGCCCGUCGUAGCAGCCUGGCUACGAGACAACUCAGCUUCGCAGCAACCGCAAUCAACGCCGAACCCGCAACAAGUGCAAGACGGCGCGUUGGUCGCAUCGCGACCGAGGACGGAGUAUCAAGAACUCGCGUCCGCCAUAACACAAGCUGUGCAAGCCGCACAGCAUAGGCAACCUUUAAGAUGUCCUUUUUCUUUCGCCUUACUCGACGACGGAUCGACGGUGAGCCUCAUCGACGACGAACUCGCUCGAGACAUCGGCGCGGAAGGGCCGGACGAACCACUCCACAUAGCAACGUACGAUGGGGAGAGAAAGACACGCAACAAUUCUCGGCGCGUCAAGUUUAACAUUGAAGGAAGCCGGGGACGACUUCGCAUCGAAGCACGCACCGUCGACAAUCUCCAGUUGGCGGCGCAGCGCAUCCCGGACGAGGCGAUACGGGAUUGCGGACACCUGAAGGGCCUACUGUCCGCUAAACGAGCGGAAGAGGCGAAACCCCGAAUCCUCAUAGGCCAGGAUAACUGGCAUCUCCUCCUCGCCACGAAAACACGGUCAGGUAGGAGACAUCAACCGGUCGCAUCACUCACGCCGCUCGGUUGGGUGAUACAUGGAAGCCGGACUCGGACUCUGGGACACAGAGUGAAUUUCGUCGGUCAAACCACGACCGACGAACGCACAGAGGAACUUUUGCGAAAUUUUAUAACAUCCGACAACCUGUUUAUAGAACCCCGCAGGCCCAAGAACGACCCCGGCGAGAAGGCGCUCAAGAUACUGAACGAACACACGGAGAGAUCGCCGGAGGGAAGAUAUCAGACGGCCCUGUUGUGGAAAUCGGACAGCGUGGAAUUGCCGAACAACUACGAAAACACGCUGAAAAGGCUGCACAACAUAGAAAACAAGUUGGACAAGAAUCCCGACCUUAAAGAAAGGUAUGAAGAGCAAAUGGAGGCCCUAGUCAAGAAGGGCUACGCGGAAAUAGCGCCACGCACGUCCCACGCUACAAGGACGUGGUACUUGCCGCAUUUCGCAGUCGUGAACGCUCUGAAGCCCGACAAAUUGCGAGUUGUACACGACGCAGCAGCCAAAACAAAAGGUACGACUUUGAAUGAGAAUUUAUUAACAGGGCCGGAUUUGUUACAGCCUCUUCCCGCAGUGUUACUGAGAUUCCGGGAACAUCCCGUCGCCGUAACAGCGGACAUCACGGAGAUGUUCAUGCAGGUGGGACUACGCGAGGAAGAUCGCGACGCACUGCGCUACCUCUGGCGGGGAAACCGCCGAGAUAGCCGGCCGCCAGAGGUAGACACCGACACACGCAUCCUGGAGGCCGUCGAGGCGAUCAAGAAGAAACACUACAUGGACGACUACCUCGACAGCUAUGAAGAUGAACACAGAGUGAUAACAAUCGCUACUCAGGUGCGUAACAUACACAGAGAAGCUCAUUUUGAAUUAAGAAAGUGGACGAGUAACUCGCCCGCGGUAUUGAAGGCGCUCGGCGAAUCGCCCAAUACAACCGAAGCGGUGGAAAUAGAAAGGACUGAACGAGUUCUAGGCCUUAUUUGGAGGCCACAAGAAGACAGGUUGGCAUUCAACCUAGACUUAGCCCGCAUACCGUCGAACCUACUGAGGCGAGAAGCACCCACGAAGAGAGAAGCAUUGAAAAUAGUAAUGUCGUUGUUUGAUCCUCUAGGGUUGGUGUCGCCGAUAACUGUGCGGGCUAAACAGCUAUUACAGGAGGUGUGGCGACGCGGCACCGAUUGGGACGACCCGAUCGACGACGAACUGUCCGCCGCCUGGGUGAACUGGCUCACCCAUUUGAAGCAACUCAGCGGCGUAACAGUGCCGCGCUGCUAUCCCGGCUACUCCCGAGCAAGAAAACUCCAACUCCACGUGUUCACCGACGCCAGCGAAUCAGCCUACGCAACCGCGCUCUACUGGCGCGCCGAGGACGACGACGGACGAGUCACAGUCACGUUACUGGCGGCCAAGGCAAAGGUAGCUCCACUCAAAUUAACCUCCAUACCACGGCUUGAACUACAGGCAGCUGUACUCGGCGCACGGAUGGCUGCGAGUGUGACACAGGAGCACUCCAGGCAGCCAGAAUCCACGACCUACUGGACCGACAGCAAGACAACACUGUGCUGGAUCAGGACGGGAGCCAGGUCGUACAAGCCCUACGUAGCGCAUCGAAUCGCCGCGAUAGAAGAAUACUCACAGGCGAAUCAAUGGAGAUGGGUGCCUACGCGCUACAACGUUGCCGACGACGCUACGCGCGACGUUCCCGACAACUUCACGCGGGAACACAGGUGGUUCAACGGACCAGAGUUCCUCCGCGACCCGCCCGAACUAUGGCCUGCGGAGGAAACACAGCUGAGCACCGACACGGGUGAGGAAAGAGUGAACACUGUUACAGAGCGUCGGGAGAAACACAGAAUUUCAGCCGCCACGGGAGUAAGCGCCGCAACAAAGAACCCUCCGAUCGUCGAUGGCGAACAUCGGGCGACAAAACUGUGGGUGGAACAUGUCCACACACAACUCCACCAUGCAGGCGUGGAGAGCGUCGUCAAUUACUGUCGGCAGCACAAAUGGGUCAUUCGACUGCGCCCGACGGUCAAGGCGGUGGUCAGGAGCUGCUUCAAGUGCCGCCAGAGGGCGGCCACUCCACCGCAACCGAUAACGGGAGACUUGCCUCCCUGUCGACUGGCGCAUCAUCACCGGCCGUUUACAUACACCGGUUUGGACUAUUUCGGCCCGCUCACAGUCACCGUGGGCCGGAGUAAUCAAAAAAGGUAUGUCGCUCUCUUCACAUGCCUAACAGUGCGGGCGGUGCAUCUCGAAGUGGUGCACUCCCUGAGCACACAAGGAGCAAUCAUGGCUCUGCGGCGCAUGACAGCGCGCCGCGGGAGCCCCGCCGAGAUCUGGUCCGACAACGGGACCAACUUCCACGGCGCAGAAAAGGAGCUGCGCAACACCCUCCUCGCUGGCGCCGAACAAGAGGCGUCGCGGAGGACCGCGCUGACGACGGUGCUUCACGAGCAGAGGCCACAUGAAGAGACGCUGUCGACGCUACUCGCCGAGGUGGAGUUCACAGUCAACAGCCGCCCACUGACUCAUGUGUCGGUGAACCCCGAAGAUCCGGAGGCCCUGACGCCUAACCACUUUCUGUUGGGCUGUCAGGGCCCACUCGCCGCACCUAAUUUUCCAGCCGAACACGGCUACGGCACACAUGCCGACCUUCGAGCGUCGCAGCAGCUGGCCGACGCGUUCUGGACCCGCUGGCUACGAGAGUACCUUCCCGAGCUCCGCAACCGGCGGGAGCCCCGCAGCAAGGGACCAGAGCUACACAUCGGCGACAUCGUGCGCAUCGUGGACGGGACGCUCCCACGAAACACUUGGGUGCGUGGCCGCAUCUGUGCUACGCAUCCGGGACCUGACGGCGUGACGCGCACGGUGGACGUAGCCACGCAGGGAGGCGUGCUACGACGCCCCGUGAAGAAAAUCGUCCUCCUGCACCCUGCGGCACCCGAGCUACGAGGCGGCGGCAACGAAGAGGCGGCGCCGCAAUCGGCGGCGAGCACGUCCUGCACGUCUACAUAA